AAUUACUAGUUACAUAAUUUUCUUGUUCGCGCAGAGAUAAAUAUCUCCACGCAAUAAUGCAAAUUACCUAAUUUGCAUUUGCAUGCGGUUUUAUUUUCAUUUAGCCAUUAGCUGUUACUUGUCAAUGAUCAAUAUUGAAUUUGCAUACGUUCUUACUUGUCGUGCAUUUUAAUACCACAACGACGCGGAGGAAAAUCCUGCUGUUUAUCUGGGAUUGUUGAGAAGGGAACACGUCGAAACAAGUCGGGAAGGAAUUUAACUUGAAAUCUUAAAGAGUCGGAAAUACCAGCAGGCUUCGAAGCGGCGGGCAUUGUUUUGUAAGAAUUGCCGGGUUUAAAAUAUGCACAGAAUGUAACUUAACUUAGGGAGAUGAUGUUGCCUGAUAUAUUUCAUGAGAAAAUCGCUGUAAAAAAGAAACGAAUCCCCGCUAAAAUUUGGUUGCUAUGCUGCUACUUUUGACGAAUGAAUGGCAAUUUAAAAGGUUGGAAUCGUCGAUAAUAUCAUUUCGCAAUAUUAAUAUUUGAUAUUCUGAUUGGAAUGUCUAUUUCACCCAGCUGUUAAUUUUUGAAAGAGUUUAUGAAAUAAUAUAUUCUUAAUAUAAACGACACAAUCUAUGACCUCGAAAAUCAACAUUCGUGGAUAUUUUCUUUAAAUUUCUCAACUCUUAACACGGAAAGGCAUGGAGGGAAUUCCUAAUGGUGACAUUAACCAAGGAAAUAGUACAGAAGACGAUAACAUGAUGCUAAAGAGGAGAUCAAGCCAGCCAGAAUUAGGAAUUGCACCUAGAUCGUGCACCACUAAUACUGAGCAGACAUUGUCCAACAGAGUAGAUACGCAGAGGUCACUGUCCACCUCAUCAUUGCAAGAAUUCAGGCAAAGGGCAGAUAAAGAUGGAGACUCAACAACAUCCAUGAAAAAACUUGCAAUGUUGCGAAAGCAGCAUUCAAGGAAGAGGUUGUCAACACCCUGUACAGGUAGUCAUGACCUUGAUGAGUUCUCAAGGAGAUACAGUCAAGAUCUCAUGAAAAACCAGGCAUUUGUACGUCUCCAGGAGCAGCUAAUGAAAGCACAGGAGGAAUUAAAGCUGAAAGAUGAGGAAGUAUUUAAACUGUCCAAUUUACGAAAUGAAGUUGAGGCCGAACUCGAAGAACUGACAGCAAGUUUAUUUCAGGAAGCACACGCCAUGGUGCUGGAAGCUAACAUCAAACAAAGUAACGCUGAAAAGAAAUAUAACGAAACAAACAACAAGGUUGAUAUGUUGGAGGCGGAAGUUGAAGCGCUCAAAACCCUUGUAAUCACAUCCACACCAAGUAAACCGCGAUCAAGAAGAAGCAGAAGAGGAAGCGCGGAACAGCAGAAAUGCUUUGAUUCGAGUGGCUCGGUUCAGAGCUCACAAAUAAAUGACAAUGUCAACGGUGAAGUUGAUGGAAAAGCUCCUAAUCAAGAGAAAGAGGUCGACGUAAUUGUUUUCAAAGAAUUUUUGGCUUGGAUGGAAGAACGAAAGCUCGAUCAAAGUCAGCCAUUCUUAUCGAGAAUGUAUAACGAAGAUGUGACACCAUGCUUGGAUUUUACAAACAAAGAGUUAUCCAAGAUAUUUCUGAAUGCAAUGGAAAGCAACACCCUUGUUUUGGAAAAAAUACCGGGAAAAAGAUUAACAAGUAGAAAAUGUGCGUUGACGGAAACUGUGAGGAUAUGUCAAUACAGAGCAAUGGCAACGGAAACAGGAGAAUGGCACUACCUUUGCCAAAGUGCCAGACAAAGAAUUGUGGCGGUCUGUGAUUUCUUUACCUAUAUACGAUAUAUUCACCUUGGGUGAAAAGGUAAGACGUCACAGACAUAUACUGGGAACUAAUGGAACUUCGCAAAGAGAUGGCAUGUGCAAAAUGCGGUCUUUCAACUUAAUUGUAAUGGCGGAGACCCUCAAAUCUGCAGGCUAUCCCAAGCUUUCGCUCUUGAAGACGAUACGAGUUCCUCGCCAAGUAUUUUGGGAUGUAUAUGAAAGUUAACAGAAAUGCAUCCAAUUAAUUUAUUGUGAUUUUGGAUUUUUAAUUCUUUAUAGAAUUGUUGAAGAAUUUGUAAAUGUCAUAUCAUUGCUAGUAUAUCGCAAUUACUACGCCCCAUGCCCCCACAAACCUCUUCAUAUUUUUCUACGUUCACUUCAAACCAUAUUACACGUAAAUUAAUUCACAAGUAACCGAGAAAUGCACAUGUAUAUUUAAAAAUUUAGGAAACAUUGAUUGUUACAUAUUUUAACGAUUUCUUAAAUUAAACUUUGAUUGCUAUUGAAAAAAA